AGGUUUUGUAUAACAAAUAGUGAACAGUGAUGUUAAUGCCUUUUAUGCAAUUCUGCAAAAUUUCAUCACUUGGGAAAUUUCAUCUGACAUUCGGGGCAGCUAUUCGUUGUCGUUAGUUGGUGGAAAUUAGUUAUUGUUUUCCUUCCGGUGUCUUUGCACCUGGCUUUCUCCCUUUACUUCCUACAAAUUACUGAUCGCUGAACAACAAGACAAUUACACUUGCUAUACGAGCGUGGAGAUGAAAGGUUGUGGACUGAAAUACUCCUAAAAUACUCGUGCAUCAUGUGAGAGACAAAAGGACAGAGCGGAAUUCAAUUGAAAAAACAGAACGAAUCACAAGUUGAAUACGAAAUUCCUGGAGAGAAGUAGUUAACAUGUUAAGUGCCAUUGAUGGCAUUCAUAACGGAGAAAACACCGCCAGUAGUUUGGAUAGUUUUUGGAACGAUGUAAAAGUGAAAAGGUCUUAGGAUUGUCAUGUCGCAAUGAAUGAUAAUCUUUUUUAGAAAGGGACAGAUAAAGUGAUCAUGAGAUACAUUGUAACGUUAAUUCUCUUAUUGAGAAUAGAGUUCAACAAAAGUACUUCACUGACUCUCAAUGACAACCCGGGCAAACAGAAAACUACCAUCGCUAUCGUCUCAGCCAAACGAGAAUCAGCAGCCAUCGAGUCCGCCAUUAAUGAACUCAAAAUGUCAAGACUGGUAAACAUCACACAAAUAAAACUAUUCAAAUGGGACAACUGGAAUUCUGAUCCAAAAUCCUCGCUUGUGGACUUUUGUGAGGAAGUUCUUUCACAGAAUAUCAGUGCUAUUUUGAUUACAAAAAUGAGUGAUAAGUUUAGCUUUUUGCCCUGGAUUUCUUCAAGACUUGGGAUACCAGUUUCACUAGUACAAAAUACACGCUCGUUCCCCGCCACUCUGGAGUCCGAAUAUCACACAGUGCUCAGUAUGGUACCAGAGGUGUCAGAGCAAAGCGACGCUCUCCGUGGACUUCUCGGCUUCUUCAAGUGGACGCAUUUCACCAUCAUCACCACUAGACAGCACUUAGCCGGGGCGGAGACACUGCUGCGCAAGCUAACCAUGCCAAAGCAACUACAGACGGUUAGCCUAGCGCGCGUGGACCCAGAUAACAACACAGACCUUCUGAAUAAACUUGGUGAGAUCAAGCGAUCAGAGACCGUGGUCAUAGUAUUGCACUGCUUCGCCGAAGAAGCUAAGCUCAUCUUGCAGGCAGCGGUUUCCUUGGGAGUUUAUAACAUCGACCGAGUGUGGAUUGGUACCGACCACGUGAUGUGGGGUAAAUCAGGGGUAUUGGGCUUGCCCCCAGGCUUACUCGGUCUUCAACUACGGUCCCCAUGCGAAGAUCAGGAGCCUGGACCCCAGAUGGGACGACUCGUAUAUGACUCAGUGAUGGUCUAUGCGCACACAAUUAACAAUGGGCUGUCACUCAAACCGUCAUACGGUUGCUAUGGUAACAUCAGGUCAUCAUCUCAUCAGGUCAUGAGGAAUAUUCUCGGUGUUAAAAUCAACGAGGGUGAGACAGGUCGAAUAAGAUUUGACUUGAAGGGAAACCGAGUGGGAACUGAGUACGACAUUAUGAACCUACAGACAUCUACAACGGGUAGACCAGCAUGGAAUAAGAUUGGGUAUUGGAGCGAGGGAAAAAUCAGCUGUAACCGCAGUCCGAUAGCAUGGCCUGGAAGACGGACAAGCCCACCGCCCAAUAUUCUACAUUCCAAGGUACUCCGCAUUGCUACAGCCAUCACCGAACCUUUUGCGUACUAUAGCACGUUAGAAGACGAGGAUCAAAGAGAUGAUCAAAAUAAAGUGUGUGCCAUCGGUUUUCCAUGCAAAGUUUAUCAGCCGGAAAAUAAUCAGACAGUCACUGUCAGAUGUUGCAAAGGUUAUGCCAUCGAUCUACUGCGCAUGCUCGAAAACGAUGUUGGCUUCAAGGCGGAGCUCCAUGUAGUUAAGGAUGGACUCUACGGUGGCCAGGAACCGGGAACAGGCCAAUGGAAUGGCUUGAUAGGUGAGCUGCUGCGGGGAGAGGCGGACGUGGCGAUAGCAGACCUUACGAUCACCGAUGCCCGAAGUCGAGUGGUGGACUUUACUCAUCCCUUCUUGCACGUAGGAAUGGCUAUACUGGUGGCUGUGUACAAGAAUCGAUCAGGCUGGCUGGUCCGUUUCUUAGAGCCCUUCUCGACAGAGCUGUGGAUCGUUGCCGUGGCAGCUGUCAAUAUUGUGUUCGUCAUCCUGUGGAUCAUAGACAAGCGGAGUCCUUACGGCCAUUACCGGCGAGGCUCCAGCUACAAGGAGAGGAAAAAGUUCCAUAUGAUUGCGAGCCUGUGGUUCACGUGGGGUACCAUAUUCCAUAUAGACGAGGUGGAGGCGAGGCCCAUGAGUACCAGUAGCCGCACGGUUACACUUUUUUUCGCGUUUGGAAUGCUAACCUUGACUAAUACUUACACGGCAAGCUUGGCUGCAGUGCUGGUAACAGAGGCAGAGGUAUCGCCCGUAUCAUCAGCAGGCUUACGCGACCCAAGGCUGCAGAACCCCCAACCCGGUUUUAAAAUGGCGACAGUACGCGAUACGAGCAUGGAAAAAGUGUUCAAGGGUAGCACCGACCCCACGUUUGCACGCAUCUGGCGACAAAUGAAACCGCACGCAGUCAACAGUUUUUCCGAUGGAGUGCAGAAAGUUAUCAAUGGUGAGCUGUCCGCGUUUAUUGGCGAUGAGCCAACGCUGAUGUACGCCAUGGCCCAUAAUCGCAAAUGUAACCUAAGACUCGCGGGAAAAUCAUUCUUUCAUUCGGGUUUCGGGAUCGCGACCCGCAAGAACUCUUCCCUCACUAAAAAGUUCUCGGAUGUGCUGAUCCUGUACGAACAGUUCGACACUUCCCGCAAGAUGGCUCUACGAUGGCUGACAGGCUCCUGUAGCCAAAAGUCCGAGACUACGGCUUUUACCCGCAUGAGUAUCAAGGACCUGGGAGGUGCGUAUGUUAUCACGUCCAUCGGGCUUGUCCUCUCGCUGCUCGUCCUCGCCUUCGAGUUCUACGUCGAUAAGUACGGCUUCCCUUACUCGUACGUGUGGACAAACAAGCCACACCCAACAUGGCCGUCAUCCAGAGUGCUGCACAAACAAGCGAAAACGCUACGUCGUAACGCUACAAGUCACGCAACACGCCACAUGUCCACUGCGCCGCUAGAACUGAGUUUUGGUCAGCGGAGAGGUACCAUCGACGAUGAGAGGGACGCGUUCCAGUCACGUGACUCUUACCCUCAUGACAUGAGCGAGCUCGGCUCUGAAUAUGAACAGGAGGGGAUUGUGUGUUGCCAUGGAAACAAGGGUUUUACUAACGACGUAGGUGAUGACGUGGAUUCGGGCUUAGGAUCGUUAGCUCACAAUAUCGAGUCUUCCUCGCUGUAAACCGUCGAGCUAAAUUGAUUCAAGGGCAAACAAUGCAUUGGAUAAGGCUAUCUAGGCUAUAGUUACACGCGGGUAAUAUUAGCAAUUUAAGGCAGUUUUGUGUGGUACAAGCAAGGCAAGAUAAUGGAGCAAUAUCCCAGAAACGUCUUUGUAAAGAAGAAAAAGAGGAAUUGUAUAGAAAGGUAUCAUCAGUAAUAGAGGACUCAAGAUAAACAGACCCUUAAUGGAGGCUAAAAAACUACUAAAGACAAAAUAAAAUAGGCAACAGCAA